GGUCCAAGACUUUUAUGUCCAAGGAUCACGAUUGGACAUUUGGAUUAGACGUCCAAUCCAAAGAUGUCCAAGCGUCUGAUUUUGUCCAAUGUACAUCACUGGGUAGCGAUAGUACCGGGAUAAUCAAUAUUCCUUCUAUAAAUGUAUUCGGAGAUUCUCACGGAUUUACUUAUUUGCUGAAAUUCGUCUUAACAAUUUCAACAUUCGUUAUGUCUUCUUCAAAAAAAGGUCAUGAUCAAGAGGACCAAGAGAUCACUCGCCGACAUUCCGCUCCUUAUCUGAGCGGCUUACCUCUAAAAAUUGUGACAUCCUUACUUGAACGUGUCCCCGGAUUAUCGAAUUACUUUUACUGGAAUGCUGGAUUAACGGUCUUAAGACAUAGGUCUUAUAGAGAAGAAUUGACUAUAAUGCCAUUGCCUUUACCAAAAGAGGUAUUUGGUGUUGAAGACCCAAAGACAAUCAGUGGGUUAGAAAUUUUUAAUCAGAAAAAUAAAACGCAUAAUCAAGUUCCAGAAAAUCAAAGGUUUUUAUGUGCUCGUGACUUUACUGAAGCAUACACUGCCAAAAAGAUCACACCUUUACAAGUAUGCGAAAAAUUGAUUGAUAAAAUAAAUCAUUCAUCCUCUAAAGCAUGCGAUCCACCUCUUUACGGCAUGUAUCAAUACCAUAAAGAUGAUAUUUUGGCACAGGCUGAAGCAUCAACUUUCCGAUAUAACAAUAAUCAAUCAUUGGGACCUCUUGAUGGUGUUCCUGUGGCGGUUAAAGAUGAGAUCGAUGUUACGGGCUAUGAGACUCGUGUGGGAACAUCAUUUCUUAAUCGAGGAAAUCCUGCUUUAAAGGAUGCGUUUUUGGUAAAAAGAUUAAGAGAUCAAGGUGCUAUCAUAAUCGGAAAAACAAAUAUGCACGAAAUUGGAUUUGAUGGAGGUAGUGCAUGUGUUGUUGCCAGGUUAUUAAAAAAUUCUUCUUAUCCAAAGUCUUUUAAUCAUAUUUCGAAUUUGUUUAUUAACCUGAUUACAUUUCCACUCGAUAGUGGCCUAUGCCCAAUCGCUAUAGGUUGUGAUGGUGGUGGUUCUAUUAGAAUACCAUCCUCUUUUUGUGGGAUUUAUGGAUUAAAAUCGACAUGCGGAAGGAUUUCUUCAAAGGGAGAAUUUACUGCUGAUGGAACUAGAUAUGCUCAAUUGGCCAAUUUUAUCGGUAUUCCUGCUGUUACUGUACCAGCUGGUUAUGAUGAUAAGAAUUUACCUAUUGGAUUACAAUUUAUGGCGAAAUGGUAUGAUGAAGCAACUUUACUAAGAGUUGCAAAAGUUUCGGAGGAAAUAUUUGAAAGCGAGAAAAGAAGACCUGCUGAAAAAUAUUGGUUUGGAGAUUUAUUGUAA